ACCAACCGAAAAUCCCCACUCUUCUUCUUCUUCUCGUUGUCCUCGCUCGCUCUCUCUCCCAAUUGUUGCCACCUACCAGUCACAGUCUGUAAUUCUGUAGUUGUAUCUUGGGGUUGAGAGAGAGAGAGAUAGAGAGGAAGGAGAAAGAUGGGUUCUUGGGGGUUGAGAAGGGUCAGAUGAUGCCAUUGCCGAUUUCCUCCGUCCUCUGUCCAUCCUUCCUUUUGCCUUUCUUGGCAUAUUCUUCUCUUGUGGAUGUGUAGAUCCUUCUUUCUCCAAUCCUGCUUAGCUUCCAAGCUGACCAGCAACUCCGAGAUUGGUGACCUGGGCUGGGAGGGAGCAGUUCUUGCGGAUGUGUGGAGCCGUUUCUGGAUCAACUCCGUUGGCUGCAAGAAUUCGAUGCGAGAGUGAAGGGAGGGGAGGGGGGGAGCGGCAGGAUGUAAUUUAGUGGGCGGUUGUUGGAGAAGAGGAGCAAUUUUGCAGUUCGGUGCAAAUUGAGGGCAAUUUCGUUGAAUUUCGUCGGAAUCAAGGAAGCUUUGUUUGGGGAUUCUGUCAUGUACAUGUUCCAUGACUGAAAUCCGGGCCACGUUACGGCGUGUUCUUCGUGAUUUUGGUGUGAAUUGCGACGAAUUCCAGCCAAUUCGGAAUUUGGGGCAGGAAGGCACGCUUUUGGGGGUUCAGUUUGUGGUGCGAUCUCCAUUCGUUCCAAGAUUACUGGUUACCUGCAGUCCAAAUGGGUUGCACGCACUCCAAAGUGGAGGAUGAGGAGGCCGUCAGGAGGUGCAAGGAUAGGAGGAGGCUGAUGAAGCAGCUAGUGCGCCGCCGCGUCGAUCUUGCGGCGGCGCACACUGCCUACCUGCAGUCACUCCGAAACACAGGAGCAACACUUCGGCAAUUUGCCGAGGUGGAGUCUGCAUUAUCACAGCAGGCCCCUGCAGGUGUUGCAGUGCCUCCAUCACCAUCUCCACCGCCGCCGCCGCCGCCGCCACUGCCGCCGCCAGCACAUCCGGCAUACUCAGUGACAUCUGCAAUGCCGGCAUACUCGAUGACAUCCUCAUUGCCACCCUCACCGCGCCCUCCACCACCUCUACCGUUUAGUCCGAUAGUGAUAAGGAGGAAAAAGAGAGAUGAUCAGCUCGAUGGGGACGAUUCGACAGACGAUGACGAUGACAGUGACAGCUGCUCGACUCCUCUACCACCUCCCCCACCACCUGGUUGUGACUGGGAGUACUUGGAACCUUUUCCAAUGCGUCCCUUAAAUUUUCCAUCUUCAUUGGCCGAUAGAAUUGAUAAAGAAGUGGCCUCACAGGUGACCAUGGAUGAUGAUAACUGGGUGGAGACUAACACAGAAUUUGAUGGAUAUGACGAUGAAAGUGUUUCUGGCAAUGUUGAUGGCAUUGUGAGCAGUGUCCAAUUGAAUCAAGUCAAGAGUAGGGCUCUAGGUGAUGACAAUUCAUCAAUGGUUAGUUGGGUGACAAAGGACUCAGACUCUUCAGCGGCGGUCUGGAGGAGUAAAAAGUCGCUGGCAGGAAUUGCCAAGGAAAUUGAUGAAUACUUCUUGAAAGCAGCGGCGAGCGGAAGUGACGUUGUCAUACUUUUGGACUCUUCUGGUGGGCAGCCAGAUCCCUCAGAGUUAGAGGCAAGCAAAGGUGCAGGAAAGAAUUCCAAAUCCGCCAAGGUUUUUUCCACACUUUCAUGGAACUGGUCAUUCAAAUCUGCACAAGCUAAUAGACAAUCCUCAAUGCAUUCGAGUGAUUCCUCUGGAUACGGUUACCAUGGCAAAACACUAGAGAAACUUUAUGACGAGGAGCAAAAACUCUACAAGUUGGUUAAGGAUGAAGAAUUUGCAAGGCUCCAGUACAGAAAGAACAGCUCUUUGCUACAAAGACUAGAAUCAGGUGACCAUGAUAAAUUGCAUGCAGAGAAAGUUCGAGAUAAUAUUGAGGAAUUGCAAGCUCGGAUAAUCUCUUUGGAGGAAGCUGUUGGUUUAACAUGUUUGUCCAUAUCAAAGCUCAGAGAUGAGGAGUUAUAUCCUCAGAUUAUUGAAUUAUCUGCAGGGCUUGUGCAUAUGUGGAGAAACAUGUAUGAGUGCCAUCAGGUUCAGAACCACAUUGCCCAGCAAGCCAGUCUUGUAGGCAACCUACCAGGGAAUGAGCCAACAACUGACUCUCAUUGUCAGGCAACAUCUCAGCUGGAAGUUGAAGUUUCUGCAUGGCAUAGUUCAUUCUGCAACCUCAUCGCCUUACAGCGUGACUACAUUACCAUCCUUAACCAAUGGAUUAAACUCACUGAUUGCCUGCCUGACAACGAUGGCUUUAUGAAAAGUUCAUCGGGAAUUCGUAGUCUGUGCGCAGAACUCCAGCGAGCUCUUACAGGAUUACCUGAAAAGGUAGCGGCGGAAGCAAUAAGAACUUUUCUGUCAGUUAUACACUCUAUAGUUGUACAACAAACUGAGGAGCGUCAGCUGAAGAAAAAAUCUGACAACAUUGAGAGCAAGUUCCAUUCCCUGUUAGAGAAACACAGCAACAACACAACGCAAAAUUCGGGCCAGCCUACAUUGGCAAAGCUGGACACGUUCAGAAAGCAGGUCGAGGAGGAGAAGGCUAGGUAUCUGCACUCCGUGAGGACUAGUCGAGCCAUGACACUGAACAAUCUUCAGACGAGCCUUCCAAACGUGUUCCAUGCCCUGAUGGGAUUUUCAGGAGUAUGCGUGCAGUCGUUCGAAGGUAUCAGCAGAUGCAGUGAAAUUGUUGCCAGCCACUCGGGUGCAGUUUCACCUGCCAUUUCUUCAUGACCGGCAUCCGGGAAAUGCUUCCGUGAUUGUUCAUUGUAAGUAGGCAAAGAAACUGGUUCUACGUGAAUACGCUUCUCUUCCAAAACUUAAAAAAGGGGAAGAAAUUUAGCGACGAUUUUAAGUCAGUACAGGCAUAGUAGUCUUUGAAUAGAUCACAUAAUCUUAAUCUGGGAAGAGGUGGAUGUGUAUGAGGUUUUACUGGAAAUGAUUCAUGUGUAGCUGAAUACUUGAACAGUUGAAUAGUAAUCUGUUGCUGCAUGUUUUUCGUGUGCA